ACAUUUAAACAAACCUUCCGGUUGUAGGUAAACUGAGACCUUGAGACCUUCCCCACAAUAGUGGUUGCACACUUUACCCAUUCGGUUCCUUCCCUCCAGUGACUCAGGUGCUGAUCUUCUAUCGUUACCAGCAGAAGUGAGAACACAGAGCUGUCCUGGGAAAUUACCCUGUCGACGGACAGCACAUUGAGACUUCGUUAGCACAAGCACUCGACCCAGUGCCUGUCCAGCCUGAUCGAAAAGAGCAGCGCUCCAUGACAGGGCGGCGGAGAAUGUCUGUGUUGAGGAGAAAGAAGAGGCAGAGGAAGUCGGAGACUGCAAAGAGCCAUCUGUAGAUCGGAAAGACAAAAAGACGCUCCUGAGCCUCGGCGUCACUCAACAGGAUUUAGGGUAGGAAGUCAGGUGUCAUUGCUGAAAUGGACUUCUGCUCAGCGUGGAUCGUGUCUCCUUCCACUCUACUCUUUUUAUGUCUCAUCUUGGGCACGCAUGCCCAGCAGGCCUUCAGGUCUGAGCCCAGGAACCUCACUGUGCGGAUGGGAGCCACAGCUGUGUUGAGGUGUGAGGUCCUGAGGGCCUCAGGGACGGUUCAGUGGGAGAAAGAUGGCCUCCUCCUGGGACCACAGAGAAGCCUGCCUGGCUUUCUGCACUACAGCAUGAUUGGAAAUCCCAAGAGAGGGCAAUAUCAUCUUCAGAUUGAGAAGGCCAAGCUGGAGGAUGAAGCUUUUUACACGUGUCAAGUGGGCCAGUCCGAGAGCAGCCAGGCAAUCGUUUCCAGUUCGGCCUGGGUCAACGUUCUGAUCCCCCCUUCCAAGCCGUACUUUGAGGUGGACAUGAAAAGUCCUUGGGUGGCAGGAAGGAAGUACGUCGUCGCCUGUAUCGCUCCUGACGCAAAGCCAGAGGCUGAAAUCACGCUAUAUAAAGAUGGAGUCGAGCUGACAGGGACAGAGUCUUUCACCACGUCUGGCUCAAAGGAUAAGCUCCUGAACACGCAUACCAAAGUAACGGUCACCGCUCUGAGCUCUGAUAACGGGAGGCAGCUGGCGUGUCACGCCAACAACCCCGCCCUUUUGCGGCGUGUGGAGACCACAAUGACCGUGAACGUGUACUUCCCACCUCAGCCUCCAGUUAUUCUAGGUCUGGAGAGAGAAGAUGUCAAAGCAGGGAGAAUACUCGUGUUGGAGUGUGUGUCUCAUGGUGGAAACCCUUUAGCUUCUCUCCACUGGACCAAGAACGGAGAAGUUUUGUCCAGGACUUGGGAAGCAGAUGUUACAACGCAGAAGUCCAGAAGUGUCCUCAAACUGAAGAUCACCCCAGCAGACAACCAGGCAGUGGUCUGCUGUGCGAGUGAGAAUCUGUCCCCGUCCCGUCUGUCCGUCAGCCACACAAUCACCGUGCUCUUUGAGCCUGCAGAGGUGACUCUGUCGGGUUCGUCCACAGCUGUUGAGGGGCAGGACUUGACUCUGAACUGCUAUGCCACCUCCAGUAAUCCGCCGGUCCACAUUCGCUGGUGGCUGGGCUACAAGGAGCUCAACACCAGUGUCGCAACUAUGGAAGAGGGAGACAAUGGUGGGAUGACAACCAUGUCCAGCAUGAACCACACGGUCUCCCGGGAGGAGGACGGGCUGAAAAUCACCUGUGAGGCUUUCAACAAGGGCACACAAUUCUCCAAGACCCAGUUCACCACACUUAAUGUCUAUUAUCCCCCUCAAAAGGUGUGGCGUGAAACUCCCCCUCAAGACGUCCCCCUCCGUUCGGGGACACACGUCCGCAUCAUCUGGUUCUCGCCGAGCGGGACUGCCCAUGAGACUCUCACCUGCCUCCAGAAUGGGAAGGUGGUGUCUAACGCUCUGAAGCAGACCUCCUUUGAUCGGGGUGCCGCUCGAGAACUGCUCCUGGUCCUGACCGCAAGCGACAACAUGGCCACCUACCGCUGCGAUGCCACAAACGAGGCAAUGCAGACUAUCUCGGCCCACACUCAGCUCAAGGUUAACUUUACAGCAGUAAGUAUGAAGAUUUCAACCGAUCUUGAGGUGCUACGUCGGGGCCAGAUGUUGACUCUGGAGUGCCAGGCAGGAAGUAGUAACCCUAAAGCCAACAUAUCCUGGAGCCUGGGCGGACUCAGAUUCCAGGGAGUGGAGCAGCCACCCAGGAGUGCCCAGUUCGGUGGCGUGUCGGUGCACAGUACUCUAUCCCUGAAUCUGAGCUCCCAGCAUCACAACCACAGGGUCAUCUGCCAGUCCUACAGUCCCGUGCUGGUGGAGGCGACUAACACAUUCUACAAACUCAAUGUGCUUUACCCACCAGAGUUCAGCCCUGAGCAGCCAGUGCACAUUCAGGUGCAGGAGGAUGACAUGGCAACCAUCCCACUGCUGGUCUCAGCUAACCCAGAGAAGCUCUCCUGCAAGUGGCUGAAUCCCAGGGGAAAGCUGGUCAAAGCGGGGAACCUGCACUACUACCAGUCAGACAAAAACGGACUGGAGAUCGAGAAUGUGACGAGGAGAGAUGCAGGAGUUUACAGGGUCAACUGUACCAAUGAUGAAGGAUCCAACGAAAUCUCCAUAACGCUGGAUGUUCAGUAUGCUCCCAGUGUGGAGGCAGAGAAAGACCCUGUAGUAGUGAACCUGGGGGAAACAGCCGACCUGAUAUGUGUGGCAGACGCCAACCCCAUCGUAUCUGACAUGUUCUCUUGGGAAUGGCUGGGAGAAGAGGAGGUGGAGAUGGGAGAGGAGAACCAGCAUGAUGAAUCUGGCCUUCUGACCAUCCAUAAUGUUACUCGGGCUCAUGCUGGUCUUUACCAGUGCACAGCCAAUAAUGACAUAGCAUCCCCUGCCACUGUUAACAUCCAGCUGGUGGUGCAAUUCAAACCAGAGGUACUGAAAGGAGCCCAGUGGACCAAGGUGGCAAGUAGAGGGGACGGAACUUCUACAGCUGAGAUGGUGUGUCGGGCAGAAGGGAUUCCUCGCGUCGACUUCUCUUGGGAAAAAAACGGUCUACGCAUGGACUUUGCAAACCCCAGGUAUGAGGAGCGGGCCGUAAAGGAUGGCUCCUUUCACACCAGCACAGUUCGAGUUGUGAAUGUGAGUGCAUCUCUGGACUACACUAUCUUCAGAUGCACGGCUCGCAACUCACUUGGGGAAGACACACUAGACAUCAAGCUCGUCAGCAAAAAUCACCCAGAUCCUCCCUCGAUGUUCCGCCAACUUGCCGUCUCCCACGACUCAGUCACUCUGGAGUGGAUCAGUGGUUUCGAUGGUGGUCUGUUUCAAGGAUUUCGUAUAAGAUACCGUUGGGAUAAGUCAGACAGCUUCCUGUACAUGGACGUCUUUCCUCCAGGAGCAACAUUUUUCACGGUCACCGGGCUGCAGCCCAUCACCACCUACAACUUCUCAGUCAAUGCCCACAAUGCAAUGGGAGAGAGUGGCUUUGCUGACAACAAUGCAGUACUGACCAUCACCACCAAGGAGAGGCCAGAUAUCAAAGAAGUCCCAACUGUUGCUGUCUCAGAGAAUCCAGAUAGACUGCCAGCCUAUUUAACAGCAGUUGGAGUCCUGCUGUUUUUUAAUUCACUGGGUAUCUUCUUUGGAGUGAGGUGGAAAAAAAAGCAGGGCCAGACAGGGGCGAUAGGAGGCAGUACGCCGGAUGGAAAGAAGAGUGAACAGGGGGGGUCCGCUCAGUCGACCGACAGCAACUCCAACAAGUAUGAGAGCAGGGAAAAGAUCAACGCCGCAGCCCAGCGCACCCUCCUCAUCGACUCUGGGUCCGAAACAGACAGCCAUGUCUACGAGAGCUAUGCAGCGGAAAUUUCCCAUCGUUAUUACCCCACUGGUGACUACAAUCCGCCUCUGAGUCCACUACCUGAGGAAAUGCGUAGGCUCGGGGUCACCCAACUCCCUGUGGAUUCUCAAAGCCAUCUGUAUGAAGACGUGAGAGACGGGGAUCUGUACCAGGACAUCCUGUCUUCCCCUCUUCCUUCCCCUUCAUACUCGUUUGACCACCGAUUGCAUCAGGAAAGGAAUAUGUGGAGACUACCAGGCUACCCUCAGGCAGCUGAGAGAGUCGGGGACGUCCGGCAGCCGAGGAGAGAGUCGGAUCUUCCCUUUGAACUGCGAGGCGAAUUAGUCUAAAAUGAGAAGCAUGGAAAGCCGAAGAAGCCAAACAGAAGAAAAUUACAAUAUAAAGAUUAUAUGUAUACAUUUAAGUCAUGUCUUAAAUAUCGACAUACAUCUCCCUCUGUUGUCUUGGACCUCGCAUUGUUUUUUUCAACUUCACCCUUGUUCUAGUUUUUUUUUGUUGUCCUGCAGGUGGAAAUUAAUUUAGAGACAAAAAUUGAACUGACAAAGAUGUUUUUCGCCUGGAGGACGACAGCCACUCACUGUGGCACUGGGGCAGAAGCAGCACACGCUCACAUUGUCACCCAAACACACAGCAUCGUGUGCGCUGUUAACAUUCUCCAGAUUGUGCCCCCCCCGACAGAAAGAGUUUCAAAGUUAGUCCCUGGGAAUCCUUGCAAUGGGAUUGUACUGAGUAGUAUUUAGCAUGGUCAUGUCUUCAGGAUGUAAAGCCAUAUCUGGGGCCAGACUGUAAUCCUAUUUUCUCUUGGAUUGAAGCUCAGCUCACAGUAUUUGUGAGAGAGAGAGAGAGAGAGAGAGAGAGAGAGAGAGAGAGAGAGAGAGAGAGAGAGACUAAGCUGCUGCUACAAAGCAAUUCUUCUCCUCAUUUGAUUUUCCAUAGUAUAGUGUCACAUUCCGGCCUGCAGUUUCCAAUAAUUACAAUCUGUAUUCAGAGAAAACUUUCCCAAACUAAAGUUGCUUUAUACUAAUUAUAAAAUCUAGGCAACACGACCCUUUGGAACAACUUUCCUUGUGAUUAAUCUAAUCGUAAUCAAGAUAUUUCCCAACUCAAGAUAUUUUUUUCUCUGGACUAAAGUCAGAACACAAGAAAAGAUGGAUGGUAUUUCCUUUAUUACAAUAACAAGGUCUGAGUUCUCUGUGCCUUUGUGUAACUUUGUCUUCUAAUGUUCACUGUGCGUAGAUCAUAAACCUCUUCAAACUUUGCAUUGGCUUCCCUGUUCUCGCUGUCUUGUGAAUUACACAAAUAGCGACUGGGCUUGCAUGCGUACACACGGGCGUUAUUUAUACAUCAGAGUUCUGCUUCCAGCUUCUGCUUUUCCCUGGAGCACGAUUCGUCACAUCAGUCUCAAAAAAGGAAGUCAGCGAAGGCAGCACAUAUAGCUCAGUUAGACACACACAUGUAUAACAGAGGGGUAUAAUAUGAAAUUAUUGUUCCCCAAUAGAAAUGUCCCAUUUUUGAUGAAGACGGAUGUGGUCUGGCUCAGGACAAAUGAUUGUACGUGUUGUUACUGUACAACACAAAAUAAAUAUUUACUCUGAGAGGUUA